AUGGUGCUCAACUUUGACUUCCUGAGUGGCUGGAGAAGAUCCGAUGCAUCGCAGCAAAUGUCCCUGAACCCUGUUGCCUCGCAGGAGGAAGGCAAUGCUGAGGGCGAUGACGAUGCACAAGGUGUUUUAUUGAGACCACGGGGACCGUUUCCGGCGGAUGCCGUUGGGAUUGACGCCCGUCAAGGCUUGUGGUGGCUGGUGCAGGAUUCCGAUUUGCUGUUCUUCCCCUUCCCAGGGGAGCCAUCUUCGCCGCUUGGUGCUUACGCAUUGCCUGAUGCCAAACUGCAAGCCGCCUGCGUGGCCCCCCUUACAGGGGCGGUUUACAAGGGCUCAUCCUCGAUUCGCAAGCCAACAUUGGCGGUUGUUUUUUCGGAUUGGCGGAUCUCCGUCUUUCCGAACGGACCUCGUGUGGAUCUGGGGCGACCACCUGGAAUACCGGCUGAGGAGGUCCCAGCUUUCGUUCGCUCCGCGGCCCCACAUCCUGGUCACGGAUGUGUUGGUGUCGUCCUAGUCGUUGGAACCCAGAGUGGACUUUUGUUCUCUCUCUUCCUCACGCAGGAAGGCCCAGGCGGCCCAGGCUCCUUCAAGGUUGAAGCUGGCAAGUUCUGGCCGACAGUGUCGGAACACUGCCUCUACAAUUUCUUCAAGAGAGUCAGAAGGUUCAGGACUGGCGCAGACGUAUCUCAGGAUCGUCAUAUGCAGGAGGAGACGCCGUUCUUAGCUCAGAAGAUUGAGACCGUCUCGGCAAGCUCCUCGAGCAGCCUUUUUGCCACUCUCGCCUGGAAUCAGGAGCAGCUGGCAUACUACACUCACCCGCGUUGGGUGGGUGCUGCAGACCUGGUUUGGACAGUCUCCCUCGCCCAGCUCGUUGCCGGAGACCCGUCCACGAAGCUGCUGUCGGUCUGCUACGGUGGAAAGAACGAAGGUUGCGAUGACUCGAUCUUGGUUCUCUACAGGGGCAAGGACACAGCAGGAAGUGAGGCAUCGCUGCUCGCCAGACUUGCCUGGCCUGCUCGCACGGCUCCGGUGCAGUCUUCAUGCCAACAAGGAGAAGUAGUGGGGCCACCUUCGCCUGUGAACGGACCAGGUUUCGUGGUUGCCUUUGGUGACAUCGUAGUGAGUGCCAUCAAGGUUGAAGGAGGGGACCGCUUUGCGAUUUGCAUGACUGGUCUGGCUGGACAGCGAUUACAGGCAGGUGUAAGUCAGAUCGUGGACUAUGGCAUUCUAGGACUCUCACUGCUUCCAGAGGGCAUCAGUGGUGGUCACAUGCAGGUGCUGACACCUCAUGGAUUGUUGAGUUGCCCACAGGACAUGACUGCCGUUGGCAAGGAAACUGGUGGACAAUUGCCUUCCACUGCUGAUGCUUUCAUUCAAAUGGCUUACGAUCUCUUCGAUGCUGGGCAGGAGGAGCAGGCGGUAUCUAUUUCCGUGAGGGCUUUUUCCCAAGUUGGAGCACAACCAAUGCUUCUUGCGGUUGAACAGCGAACGCGGAAACUAUUGGAUGCCGAUACAAGCCCGAAGCGGACAGCGCGUGAACCUCUUGACAUCAGACAAAUGCUUAUCACCAAAGCACGCAGUCUGGAGCACUGGUUGCAGUUCCUCCAGAAGGUGGGGAUCUGGAUCCGAAUGGGAAGUGCCCCCAACAUCACCUCAGCCCAGCAGAAUGUCGUGGAGGCCUGCGAGCGAGCAGCAGCUGCGAUGAGAUUGGUCGAGUACCAUGACACCGCAUCCGAUGUCUUUGCGAGUGCAAUACACAAUGCUCUUGACCAAGGUAUGGUCCAGGAAGCAGAAGACGAAAAGCGCUCAUUCUUCAACUGCUUGAGUGGCUGUGAGCGGCUGCUGGGCAGCUUGGCCGAGUAUCCCCGCACUUUGCCAUUUGGUUCGGGUGGUGCCUGGGAUGCUGUGAUCUUCGUGCAAUCCGUUGUCUCUGCAUUCCUGGAUGCAGCCUUGGCUCCACUGGCAUGUUUUGGUUGA